AUGCCGGCCCCCCCUCGGAGCUGUGCGGGCGGGGCCCGGCUCCUUCCUGCCGCGGGCGGGGGCGCAGUGGGUGAAAGGUCGGCGCGCGGCGCUCCCCGGCCGAGCAGCCGCCGAUCACGCUUUGUUCGCGUGGCCCCCCCUCCUCCCCGGCCGCGCCUCAGCCCGCCGCCGGCCAAUGGGAGCGCCGCGGGGGGGGCGGCGAGCCAAUGGGGGCGGCGGGGGGGCGGGGCCCCGGCGCUGGGCGGGAGGGAGGGGGGCGGUGGUUGGGCGCGCGCCACCGUCACCUCGGCGCACCCCAACGGCUGCCGGGCGGGGGGGAGAGGCGGCGCCUCACGGUCCCCUCAGCUCCUCAGGUCCCCUCAGCGCCACCCGCGCCCCUCAGCCGCUCCCGGAGAGCCGGCUCCGGAGCUGCUGCAGCUCUCCCGGUCCCCCUGCCAGGAGGAAGAAAUGGAGAUGAUGGCUGAGAAACAGAGAGAGAGAUAUUUCUGGAACAAUACCCCUGAAAAAAGCGAUUAUGAGGCUGUGGAAGCCCUUAUUUCUAUGAGUUGCAACUGGAAGUCCGACUUCAAGAAAUAUGCAGAAACUAGACCUAUAACUCCAGCAUCUGAUAUGUCGGAAGAGAGCGACGAGGCUUUGCUUCCUGGAGCAGCAGACUUCAACACGAUACCCGCAUUUUGCCUGACUCCACCCUACAGCCCGUCGGACUUCGAGAUGUCUCAAGUCGUCCACCCGGGGCCACCAGCGCCACCUGCAGCGCACUGCAAGUCGCUGGCUGAAGCCGCCAAGGCGCCCCCCGCAGCACCUUACACGGAGGCCUCCCAGCCUCCGGCACCCAGGCCUCUGAAGGCGCAAGCGACCAGCGUUAUUCGCCAUACGGCCGAUGCUCAGCUUUGCAAUCACAAAACCUGCCCGGUGAGAACAGCCAGCGUGCUGAAAUACCAGGACGGUGUUUCACGGGAAACCGAUAGUAAACAGAGCGCUGAAGUGGAGCGCUCAGCGGCGGCGCCGGGCAGAGUGAGUUACGAAAGUGGCAAACUGCCAGCUGCGGAAGGAAAAACUGCAGAACCAGCUGGCGGCGCCGAGCCCUCGACGAAGCCCGCGGUCAGCAGGCAUCAGUCUGUCCCUGGAGCGGCGCCGUGCUCGGCGCUAGUGGCACCCCCCUGCUCCGUGCCAGGAAGCGGAGCCCCCCCUGUGCCGGUGAUUUGCCAGAUGGUCCCGCUGCCUGCCAACAACUCGGUGGUGACCGCCGUCGUGCCCAGCAGCACGGCGAGCCAGCAGCCAGCGCUCUGCCAGCCCAUGGUGUUCAUGGGUGCUCAAGUUCCCAAAGGUGCCGUUAUGUUUGUCGUGCCCCAGCCCGUGGUGCAGAGCACGAAGGCGCCCAUCAUCAGUCCAAACGGCACCAGACUCUCUCCUAUUGCCCCAGCUCCUGGCUUCGUGCCUUCUGCAGCCAAAGUCACUCCCCCUCUCGAUUCUUCAAGGAUAAGAAGUCACGUCUGCAACUACCCGGGAUGUGGGAAAACUUACUUCAAGAGUUCCCAUUUGAAGGCUCAUGUCCGAACACACACAGGAGAAAAGCCCUUCAGCUGUAGCUGGAAAGGCUGUGAAAGGAGGUUUGCACGGUCUGAUGAACUGUCCCGUCACCGCAGAACGCACACGGGCGAGAAGAAGUUUGCGUGCCCGAUGUGCGAGCGGCGGUUCAUGCGGAGCGACCACCUGACAAAGCACGCCCGCCGCCACCUCUCGGCAAAGAAGUUACCCAACUGGCAAAUGGAAGUGAGCAAGCUCAACGACAUCGCUGUGCCGCCUCCGUCGGCAGCUGCGCAGUGACAGGACUUACUGAGAGCAUGGCGGAAUUAACUGUUCCUGCUGGGAUAUGCCCGUUUUAAAAAGAAAAAAAAAGAAAAGAAAAAAAAAAAAGCUUUUGCUCCAGCUCUGUGGUUCUCCGGUGCCAGCUGCUGAUAGCGGUGCGGCAGAGAGGCAAAGGCAAUCCGUGCUCGGC